AUGGGUAGUCGGGAAGAGAAUGUGAGAAUUAGCGGGAAUAAUACACGUCUAUCACCAUCCAUAUGUAUAUUUUGUGGAUCGUCCGGAGGCAAUGACUCCAAUACGAGAAUCACACAAGAUUUGGACGUACCAUCACUAAUAGCUCUGCCGAGGUGUUACGUAAGCGACUGCAAUGGAGUGAAUGAGGGGAAGCGGACACACGUUUGA